AACAGACAGUGUAAUUCCCUGUUUUUCAACCACAUUAUACAUCUGAUUUGGCUAGAUCUCAGCAAUGGCUCAGCAGGAAUACAAGAAACUUAGUGACAAAUUCUUCACAUACAAAGGAAUGGUAUUUCCUAUAGAUGAGACACAUGAUCUUACCACAGAUAUUAUUGACAGUUUAAAGGAUUUUGAAAUAAGAGAUGAUGAUGUCUUUGCUGUUACCUUCCCAAAAUCUGGUACGGUUUGGACCCAACGUAUUAUUACUUUACUCUAUGAGGAAGAUUUCCCUGACAAAGCAAAUGAAACCACGUACCAGCAGAUGCCUUGGCUGGAGUUUAGGCAAAAAGACAUGGAUUAUGAGUCCCGUCCAUCUCCAAGACUGUUCGCAUCUCAUUUACAUGAGCAAAUGGUGCCCAAAGGUUUGGAAGAAAAAGGAAAAAUUAUCUACGUGAUGAGAAACCCUAAAGAUGUCUUGGUGUCUUAUUUCCAUUUUGCAAAUAAAAUGAAGAGCCUGGAAUCUGUGGAAAGCUACGACGAGUUGCUGGAUCAGUUCUUCAGAGGAUGGAUGGUCGGUGGAUGUUGGUUCGAUCACAUCAGAGGAUGGAUCACAAACAAAGACAAAUACAACAUCUUGAUCCUGACUUAUGAAGAGAUGAUCAAGGACCUCAGAUCCGUCGUUGUGAAAAUCUGUGAGUUUGUGGGGAAGAAUCUGUCAGAUGGAGCGAUUGAUAAAGUGGUUGAAAAAGCCACUUUCAGCAACAUGAAGAAAGACCCCAAAGCCAACUACGAAUUCCUCCCUGAGCAGAUGACUGACCAGCCAAAAGGACUUUUUGUGCGAAAAGGAACGGUUGGAGACUGGAAGAACUCAUUGACCGUAGCACAAAGUGAGCGCUUUGACCAGGUUUACUACGAUAGAAUGAAAGAUCUUCAUCUGAAAUUUAACUGGGACUUACACUGAAGAAAUAAUGUCAUGAAAUGUUAUGAGUCUAACAUAUGAAGCCUGUAUUUGACCACCAAAGGGAUUUUCUCACUAUACAGUUUUAAUAAAUGUAUAUUAAUCAUAUAAUGUAGAGCCACAGAAAAAUAUUCUGUGUUAAUAUACCUAUAUAGUGUUAUAUCAAUUACAGCAUCUGUUGAAUUUUAUCAGAAACAAACCUGUAUAAUGACAUAAAGUCACCCAAUAGCAAUAAAAGACUUAGAGAAUGCAAA